AUGGGCGAAAAGUCUUUGACCGGAGCAUGUCUGUGUGGAAGGAUCACCUACCGCGUGGAUCUCCCCGCCGAUGCGCCAUCCCCCAAGGUUGCUCUCUGCCACUGUGAGGACUGCAAACGCAACACGGGCACGCCCUUCUCGUCGAAUCUCCUCAUCCCCAGGCCCACUUUUACCUACACGGCCGGAACCCCCAAGGUUUACGCCCAUCCGUCGGGAGAUCUGGGGAACGAACUCCAGCGGCACUUCUGUGGGGAUUGUGGGUCCCCACUCAUUACGCAGCCGGGGGGCAGAGGCACUGUCACUGUCAAGACGGGCACAUUAGAUGCCGAGUCUCGCGGCGAUUUGGGCUUAGCAUUGGAAAUCUAUUGCAAACGACGGGAGCCAUGGGUGGAUCAGAUCGGUUUUACCCCGCGUUCUUCAUGGGUAUCAGAUAAGAACCUGGACGGCCACCUUUUCCUUCGCUCUGUUAAGGCACAGAGAGACAACUUCAUCCCCAUCUACCAUCCGCACACACAUACACACAAACCAGACAGCAACAGCAACAUGGCGCCCCCCACCGCAACCGAGACCGCUCCCCCCAUUACUCUCGAGGCCCGCCAAUCCACCCAGGAAGCCGGCGCCGAGAAAGCCAAGGUGAAGAUGAACAUCCCGAGACCACCCGUAUUCGACGACAAGAUGAAAGAGCGUGAAUACCUGAAGGGCCGACUGGCAGCGGCCUUCCGCAUCUUCGGCAAGAUGGAUACGAUGAGGGAUAUGAACGGGCAAGCUUACGAUAUACAUCACCGGAACACAGGCGUGGCCGGCCACAUCACCCUUCGCGACCCCGUCGACCCUAGCACAUUCUGGGUGAAUCCAUUCGGUGUCGCCUUCUCUCAGAUCAAGGCCUCGGAUCUCAUCCUGGUCAACCACGCCGGAGAGGACGCCUGUGCCUUUUACAAUGAUCACGUCGUCUACAAGCAAUUCAACGGCAUCGUCCUCGCGGAGGAAGAAGGAAAGAAUAUCGCCGCCGCACUGGGCGACAAGAAGGCGGCUCUAUUGCAGAAUCACGGUCUCCUAACGGUCGGCAACACGAUCGAGGAGACCGUGUUUUGGUUCGUGAGCUUGGAAAAGUGUUGCUAUGCACAGUUACUAGCGGAUGCGGCGGCGGCGGGACGAGGCGGACAGACGAUCAAGGUGGACGAUGCCGACGCUGCCUUCACGUACAAAUCUGUGGGGACGCGGUUGGCGGGUUAUUUCAGUGCGAAACCGCUGUUUGAUGUGAUCCAUGAAGAGACGAAGGGAGCGUAUUUGAACUAG